AUGGCCGGCCGUUUUGUGAGAGCAUCCAAAUAUCGCCACGUAUUUGGAAAGGGCACCAAGAAGGAGCAAUGCUACGAUAACCUGCGCAUCUCCAAGAAUGCCUGGGACACAAAUCUGAUCAAGGCCAACCCAGAAUACGUCUCGGUGAACUGGGAAGCCAGCGGCGGUGGUGCCUUUGCCGUCAUCCCCAUCAACGAGCGCGGUCGUGCUCCCGACCAGCUGCCCCUCUUCCGCGGCCACACGGCUGCUGUCCUCGACACCGACUGGAGUCCCUUCAACGAUUCGCUCAUCUCCUCGGCCUCGGACGACGGCAAGGUCUUCAUCUGGAAGGUGCCCGAAAACUUUACACUGCACACGGAUGCCGAAGAGCCCGCUGAUGUCGCGCCGGUUGCGCGACUGAGCGGCCACAUGAGGAAAGUCGGACAUGUGCUCUUCAACUCGGCCGCCGAAAACGUCCUCGCCUCCGCGUCUGGCGACUAUACGGUCAAGCUCUGGGACGUGGAAGCCGGUGUGGCAAAACUCACCCUCAAACACAACGACAUUGUACAGUCGCUCUCGUGGAGCCCCGACGGCGCCCUUCUCGUCACCACCAGCCGAGACAAGAAGCUGCGCGUGUGGGAUGUGCGGCAGGAGAAGCCCGCGCAGGAAGUUCCUGGUCAUCCAGGUGCCAAGAACAGUCGCGCUGUGUGGAUGGGUGAGACCGACCGCAUUGCCACCACCGGCUUUUCGCGCAUGAGCGAUCGCCAACUUGGCUUGUGGGAUCCGCGCAACCCCGCCGAGCCCAUUGGCGGUUUCCAGAUUCUCGACUCCAUCUCGGGUGUCUGCAUGCCCUUCUGGGACGAUGGUACCUCCUGUCUGUACCUGGCUGGCAAGGGUGAUGGCAACAUUCGCUACUACGAAUACGAGAACGACAAAUUUGAAUACCUCUCCGAGUACAAGUCUGGUGAUCCACAGCGCGGUAUCGCUUUCCUUCCCAAGCGCGGCAUCAAUCUUCAUGAGAAUGAAGUACUCCGCUGCUUCAAGACUGUCAACGACUCCUACAUUGAGCCCGUCUCCUUCAUCGUCCCUCGUCGAUCCGAAAUGUUCCAGAGCGACAUCUACCCACCCACUACUGGGUCCAAGCCUGGUGUUACAGCCGCUGAGUGGUUCGCUGGAAAGACUGCAUUGCCGCCCAAGAUCUCCCUUGAGAGUGUGUACGAUGGCGGGGCCCCUCAAGAGGUUUCCUCAGACUACAAGCCCCCGCCCGUCGCCGUAGCCCAGUCCUCGCCAACCAAGGCUGAGGCGCCAAAGCCUACGCCCGAACCCACACCAGCAUCUACCGCCUUUCGUGGACCGGCACUAUCGAUGAAGGAUAACAAAGAUUCACUGGCAGCUGGAGCAUCCAAGUUUGCAGACAAGGACGACGUGUCAGACAAUGGAAGCGCUUCGAGCUUCGAGGAGGUACCGAAACCCUUUGAACGCCCAACAGUUGCUGCUACACGACAAGAAGAGAAGAAGGAAUCAGAACCAGUCGCGAAAGCCACUCCUGCACCAGCAUUCACACCGUCCCACGUCAAAUCGGCCUCGUCUGUUGCAGAACCUACACCUUCCUCUGCCACAACCUCUACGCCCAGCUCUAGUGGACCCGCCGGCGCCCUGCGAGACGCUCUAGGCGACAUCAAGUCCCAGCUCGAACACCAGAACAAGGUCAUGUCCGACCAGUCCGACCAGAUUGCCGUCCUGGUGCGCGAGGUGACGACGCUCAAGUCCAAGCUAGGAUCACAGGGACCUUCGGACCGUGAAAAGGACGAGCGUAUUCGGCAGCUGGAGUUGGAGCUCGAGGAGGCUAGGUCUUGA